GUCAGAUGGCAACCAAAUGUAAAUAAACAUUUUUUAUUCAGGUCUAGGCUAAGAUUUUAAUCAUCUUUUUAACAAAGAACAAAAUAAUCCAAGAAACAUUAAAAUAAUGGAAUUAUUAAAAGAACUAGUGGGCUUUAUGUCCCCUAAUCAACGAAUUGACCUGAAAGCCGUAGCGUUAACAGAAGUGUUAAGUUUAACUGGAACUCCUGAGGGUAAAUCAACGCUCCUUGGCUUUGAUGAAAUGCUAGCAGCAAUUUUUGGUUUAACUUUUGACUCCAACGCAACCAUUUCUAAAGAUGCCGUUUUAACCUUAAUCAAUUUAACUGCAGAAGAAGAUGGUGCCAAGAAAGUUUUUGAGACAAGUAAAACUCUUCAUCCACCAUUUGAAAUAAUCAAAGAAGCUGUGAAACACAUUACAGAUGUGAAUUCAGAGUUGGCUGAUCCAUGGACAAUGGUUCUUAGUAAUUUGACUCGUGUAGAACUUUUGGCUGGACAAAUUCUAACCGAAUUGGAAAAAGAUGAAAAGACACUGCUGAAUUUAGUUAAAGCCUUUUCCAAAGUGGAUUACAACAACAAGAAAGCAAAACUACAUUAUUUGGCUCCAAUUUUCUGCAAUUUAACACAAACAAGUCGAGGAAGAGAAAUUGUCUGCAAUUCCAAGUAUGAUUUACUCCGAAGAAUCAUUCCAUUUGCUUCAUAUGAAGAUAGCAUUGUUCGUCGUGGCGGAACCCUUGGAAUUUUGAAAAACAUUUGCUUUGAUCCCGUUUAUCAUCAUGUGAUACUAAAUGACAAUGAUGACAUUCUUUAUUGUCUUCUUUAUCCAUUGGCAGGUCCAGAAGAAUUUACUGACGAAGAAAACGAAAAAUUUCCAAUGGAAUUACAGUAUUUGGGAGAAGACAAAACCCGUGAAGAAGAUCCUGAUUUACGAAAAAUGAUUCUAGAAUCAUUGUUACAACUGUGUGCGACAAAAAAAUACCGUGAAUUACUUCGUGCAAAGGGUACCUAUGAAAUUUUGCGUGAAUAUCACAAAUGGGAAACGAAAGUUAACAAAGACAAUGAGGCGUUGCUUGCUUGUGAAAAUGUUGUUGAUAUUUUAAUAAGAAAAGAGGAAGAAAUCGGACUGGAUAACUUAAAGGAUGUUGAAGUUCCAGAAAAUAUGGGCAAACAAUUUAUUGAGGAUGAUGAAGCUUACUUGAAAGAUUAGGUAGAGCAAAUAAAAAGAAAUAAAAAUAUAAUGUUAAUGUAAUAUUUUGUACAUGUAAUUAAAUUUUUUUUAUUUCAAAAUGA